UUAACGGGUUUCCGGCGAGUCGGGAACGAAUCUGCAACCUUACCAUAAAGACCCCGCCCGUUGGUUGGCCCAGACAAAAUUUUCAUUUCUGAAAAAAUAAAACAAGAAGAAAAUCAACCCAAAUUCAAAAAAUCAUAUCACGAUUGUGCAAGUAAAUGGAGAAGAUAUGCGUAGCAGUUAGGCUGAGGCCAUCAGUAAGCCAGGAAUCAGUUAGUGGAUUUCACUGGAAAGUUGAAAGCAAUCGCAUUUCGCUGCACAGAUCUCACGGGACUCCAAUUUCUGGGGUUUCCUUCGCUUUUGAUCAUGUGUUUGAUCAGGAAUGCAGUAAUGGGAGGAUUUACGAGUUUCUGACGAAGGACAUAAUUAGUGCUGCAGUAGAUGGGUUUAACGGAACUGCAUUUGCAUAUGGGCAGACAAGCAGUGGGAAAACUUUUACCAUGAAUGGUUCAGAAAAUGACCCAGGAAUCAUCCAAAGAGCUACAUCUGAUAGGGAGUUUUUGGUUCGAGUUUCCUACAUGGAAAUUUACAAUGAAGACAUUAAUGAUCUUUUUUCCGUGGAGAAUCAAAAACUUCAAAUUCACGAAAGCCUGGAGCGAGGAGUAUUUGUGGCUGGUCUGAGGGAGGAAAUCGUGAACAGUGCUGACCAAGUGCUUAAUCUUAUCCAACUAGGAGAAGCUAAUAGGCAUUUCGGUGAUACCAACAUGAAUGCACGCAGUAGUAGAUCGCACACUAUAUUUAGGAUGGUAAUUGAAAGCAAAGGAAAGGACAACAAGUGUAGAGAUGGUUCGAGUUCAGAUGAUGCUAUCCGUGUCUCUGUCCUGAAUUUAGUUGAUUUAGCUGGAUCCGAAAGAGUAGCUAAAACUGGAGCAGGAGGAGUACGUUUGAAGGAAGGCAAACAUAUUAACAAGAGCUUAAUGAUUCUUGGUAAUGUGAUCAACAAAUUGAGCGAGGGUGGAAAGCAAAGGGGUCACAUUCCAUAUCGUGAUAGUAAGCUCACUCGCAUUCUUCAACCUGCCCUUGGGGGAAAUGCGAAGACUUCAAUUAUUUGCACUUUGGCACCGGAAGAGAUUCACAUAGAGGAAACAAAAGGGACACUUCAGUUUGCUAGCAGAGCUAAGCGGAUUACAAACUGCGUUCAAGUGAAUGAGAUACUGACAGAUGCUGCUUUAUUGAAGCGACAAAAACUAGAAAUUGAGGAAUUGCGGAGGAAACUUCAGGGGUCUCAUGCAGAAAUAUUGGAGCAACAAAUCUUGAAACUUAGGAAUGACAUGCUCAAGUAUGAAUUGGAACGGGAGAAGCUUGCUGCACAAUUAGAAGAAGAGAGGAGAUCACACAAAGUACGCGAUGAUUGCAUUAAGGAGCAACAAAUGAAAAUUGACAAUCUUAGCAAUCUGGUCACUUUGUCAGACUCUGAUCGAAGCUCUUUCCAUGAUGGUGUUGAAGAACAGCGCUUAGAUGGAAGUAUCAAUAGUAACAGCAUGCGACCAAAAGAUGCUUUUAGUACCCCAUGUUUUAAAGCACCUCCCAAUGUAUUUGUUGCUAAGAGGUCAGACUACUCGAGGCAACCAGAGUGUAGCCCACUUCCUGAUACAUUUGAUGAUUUUGCUGAUGAAGAUACAUGGAUGAAGCUGAACAAAGGCUUUGUAACCGACCUUGACUCGCUUCAUAUGACUCCCGCAAGGAAAGUCCAAUCAUUUCCGAUUAGCGAGGACUGCACGGAGAAUUACACUCAAGAGAAGCAAAACCUUCACAGACAGCUGAAACUUAUCAUGGAGGAAAGAGAUGAAUUAAAGAACUUUGUGGUGGAUGAGAAAUCUGAAACUGGGCAUGUUCUCUCUACUACAAGUGAAGUUGGGAACUCCUUGUUCUCAACUUUAGAGUCUCAUCUAGCUAUGGCUAUGGAUGACAAGAGGCUUUCCCUCUUGAAUGUCCAUUCCGUUCGAGAACAAUGCAACAUACUCCAUCAGAAGUUGAGUGUUGCAGUUUCUUCCUUAGUAUUAUCAAACCAAUCAACCUUAGCCGGUGAAGACAAGAAUGUUUCUGUUUGCGGCAGCAAAAUUAAGGGCACUUUGGGAGGACAGAUUGCUUGUUGGAAACAGGCAUUGGAAAAUGACAUGAACACGAUAAGUCAGAGGUGUUCUGACUUGGGGAAAGAGUUGGAAUUUACUAACCAGCUUCUUAAGGUUUCUGAAGGAAAAUACCGUAGCUUGGAGACUGAAUUCCGUCUUCUACAAGAAGAUCGAGAUGCUGCACUUGAUAAGAUCUCUAAUUCUUCUGCAAUGCUCGAACAAAUUUCUAGCCAGAAGGAUAAAGCUUUGAAGGAUCUGAAUAUUGAGUUGCAGAGGAAGAAAAAACUCGAAGAAGAGAUCAAACAGUUUAGCAAUGCUUUCGCAUGCCGGCAGAGGUCAAUAAUGUCCUUCCACAGUGAGUUCAAAUCCAUUCUUGAUGUCACCAAGGCUCACAAUCCAACUCUGCUAUCCAAGUCUCAUGGAUAAUAUUUCCGGCAUGCAAAACGACUGAUUGAUUGUUUUUCUUAUGUUAUGUAACUUGUUAACUAACUUGACAUAUUUAAGGUGCAUUUGUGCAUGUUGUCUACACAAAUGUGUGUGCGUUUUAGGCCCUUUUCACAAAUUGGUCUCUUGAUUUUAUUGUAAACUCGUGUGUUUGUUGCGUUGAGCUUUUCAUUUUUAUUGUGCUCAACUUUUUAAUGUACUAAAUGUCAAGUAUUCGGCCCUUGUGGCUGCCGUGUACUUGAACAAUUUGUUUCUAUUUAUAAUAUUCUGCCGUUUC